CAUUACGUUUUUCACCUUCUGAAAUUGUCAUCGUUUUCUGAAGUAAACAAAAAGAUUGUUACUCACCUAAUAAUUAUUCUGUCAAGGAUAAUAGUAAAUACUGCUUUCCUCAUUCCUAUUUUUAUGAGCAUUCGCUCGAAUCAUCAGAUAAUUGAAAAUGUUAUCUGCUCCUAAAAAAGUACCAAAGUGAACUAUUUUGGGUUUAUUUGUUUAUGUGGUUAUCUCUCCUCCAUAAUAAAAAACUCGAGUAGCGGUAAAAACUAUUUGUUAAUAGUGCAACAAGCGGUAAAUAUGUUGGAAUUGUUGAUAAUUUCAGCUCUCUGCAUUUUUGGUGUUCACAGCCAAGUGUUGUCUGUAGGAAGCUGUCCUAAAAUUGAUAGUGUAGAGAAGUCUUUCGAUCUGAAUAAGUAUCUAGGAAAAUGGUAUGAACAAGAAAAAUACUUUGCUGUCUUUGAAUUCGAUGGAAAAUGCGUUUCAGCAACAUACUCCUUAGCAGAUGAUGGUACGAUCAAAGUUUUUAACCAACAAAUAGAUAAAUUGACUAAUAAAGCUAGAUCCAUUGAAGGAACUGCAAGACCACAAAAUAAUGACAAGGAGGCAAAAUUGAUUGUCAACUUUAACAAUUUACCGAUCAACAUUGAUGCUCCCUAUUGGGUACUGGAGACGGAUUAUGAAAGCUAUGCCGUGGUUUGGUCAUGUACAGAUUUGGGGAUAUUUAACACGAAGUUUGCAUGGAUCCUGACGAGGGAAAGAAAUCCACCAUCUGAAGUAUUAGAAAAAGCACAUGCAGUAUUCGACAAAUUCAAUUUGAAUAAAAAGAAAUUGAUAAAAACAGAACAGAAAGACUGUCUAGAAUAGUUGAAGAAUUCUUCUCAUAUUUUAUUUUAAAAUAUCUUAUGUAGUAAUGGGUGUGUCUGGAAUAGUAAAUAAUUUUUGUUAAUAGA